AUGCAGGAGUUAGAUCACUCCAGAGCACGAGCGAGCGAUCUCCAGAAAGCUCAAGAAGAACAGCUUGCAGAAAUCACUCGGAUUUCCAAGGAGCGCGACGAAUGCAGCGAAGAGAUUACCCGAAUGCGUGGUCUGCAAGAGAAAUACGAGGCAGAGAUGUCCCAGCUCGCUAAGGAGUUGGAUCACUCCAGAGCACGAGCGAGCGAUCUCCAGAAAGCUCAAGAAGAACAGCUUGCAGAAAUCACUCGGAUUUCCAAGGAGCGCGACGAAUGCAGCGAAGAGAUUACCCGAACGCGUGCUCUGCAAGAGAAAUACGAGGCAGAGAUGUCCCAGCUCGCUAAGGAGUUAGAUCACUCCAUGGCACGAGCGAAUGAUCUCCAAAAAACUCAAGCAGAACAGCUUGCAGAAAUCACUCGGAUUUCUAAGGAGCGGGACGAAUACAGCGAAGUUGCCCGAAUACAUGCUCUCGAAGAAAAAUACAAGGCAGAGGUGUCCCAGCUCGCUAAGGAGUUGGAUCACUCCAGAGCCCGAGCGAAUGAUCUCCAGAAAGCUCAAGAAGAACAACUUGAAGAAAUCAUUCGGAUUUCGAAGGAGCGCAACGAAUGCAGCGAAGUUUCCCCAAUGCAUGCUCUGGAAGAAAAAUACAAGGCAGAGAUGUCCCAGCUCGCUAAGGAGUUGGAUCACUCCAGAGCACGGGCGAACGAUCUCCAGAAAGCUCAAGAAGAACAACUUGAAGAAAUCAUUCGGAUUUCGAAGGAGCGCGACGAAUGCAGCGAAGAGAUUAUCCGAAUGCGUGGUCUGGAUGAAAAAUACGAGGCAGAGAUAUCCCAGCUCGCUAAGGAGUUGGAUCACUCCAGAGCCCGAGUGAACAAUCUCCAACAAGAAGAACAGCCUGAAGAAAUCACUCGGAUUUCCAAGGAGCGCGACGAAUGCAGCGAAGUUUCCCCAAUGCAUGCUCUGGAAGAAAAAUACAAGGCAGAGAUGUCCCAGCUCACUAAGGAGUUGGAUCACUCCAGAGCACGGGCGAACGAUCUCCAGAAAGCUCAAGAAGAACAACUUGAAGAAAUCAUUCGGAUUUCGAAGGAGCGCGACGAAUGCAGCGAAGAGAUUAUCCGAAUGCGUGGUCUGGAUGAAAAAUACGAGGCAGAGAUAUCCCAGCUCGCUAAGGAGUUGGAUCACUCCAGAGCACGAGCAAACGAUCUCCAGAAAGCUCAAGAAGAACAACUUGAAGAAAUCAUUCGGAUUUCGAAGGAGCUUGAAAGCUUUGAGCGCGACGAAUGCAGCGAAGAGAUUAUCCGAAUGCGUGGUCUGGAUGAAAAAUACGAGGCAGAGAUAUCCCAGCUUGCUAAGGAGCUGGAUCACUCCAGAGCCCGAGUGAACGAUCUCCAGAAAGUUCAAGAAGAACAGCCUGAAGAAAUCACUCUGAUUUCCAAGGAGCGCGACGAAUGCAGCGAAGAGAUUACCCGAAUGCGUGGUCUGGUAGAAGAAUACGAGGAGUUGCAGAGGUGGAAGGAGAAGGCUGAAUCCGAGAUGGCCAAGGAGGAGGAGUACAAAGCCCAAGCAGAAGAAUUGCGUGCAAAAUGUGAUGCGUUGGAGGAAGUUGAGCCGCGCAUGGAAGCGAUGCGGUUGGAGAUCAUGGAGAUGGCCAAGGAAAGAGACACAUGCCAUGCGCGGGCGGAGCAGCUGUGUGCUGCCGACACCGCCCAGAUGGCACGAAUCGCAUCGCUGACGGAGGACCUGAGUGAGUGCCAGGCGGAAGCCGCGGCUCUUCGGAAGGAGCUGCAGCCUGUCGCUCCAGAGUUGGAAGAACUUCGUGAGCAACGACGCCAAGUGGAAGAAGAGCUGCGAAAGGCAGAGAUGCUUUGGUCGAAACUGCCUUCUGAGCAGAAUCUGAGUGAAGUGGGAAGGCCGCGGCGCCUCUCCACAGUGAGCCUUCCAUUGGCGCAGGCCUGCAGAAGCCAGAGCUUGCGCCGUCAGGAGGUGCAGACGAGCAUCCACCAGUCUCCACAAGCAGCUUGGCUGGAAGCCAAGCGAGGGCGAGCCGUUAGCGCACCUCCAGAAGCAGAACCCCCUCGGAGUGAUUCCGAUGCUCCUUCAUCUCCAGCGAGACCCAAAAUCGUGCCAGGUGCUCCCAAAGAAAGCCAAGCAUGUCCAGCUGCCUGUGAUACGCAGAACCAGCGGCAGCCAUUGAUGUCGCCUUGCAGGCUUCGGGAGCAGGAUGCUGUGGGGCCACAGCUGGCCUAUUACAAGAGUCUCAGCACAAAUGGUGUUGGUACGUCACAGUCCCUUCGGCUGUGUGCCGAGCUGGAUGCCAACUCCGUUUCAGCCAGUUGGCAGGCCUCGCCAACCAGCCGAAAGUUACUCAGCAGAAGCAGCAGCGGUUCUCGCAGCCCAGGCUCUGUGUCCACCGCGCGCACUGCGGCACUCAAUCCUGUGGCUACCACAGGAAGCCACUCCCCUGUGCGAAGACUCGUUACAGGUCGAAAGCCCACUCUUUCUUUGCCUAGCAGACAGGUUCUGGCAACACGCUCCAUGCCCAUGCCAUGUUCGACAACAAGUGUGCAACGAACGCAACCUGCGUUGGCUGAACCAGCGGGCACUGCUACCGCGCGGCCCAUGCCUGCCCCAGAAGCAAAGCCUGUGUUCUCCCAGCAACUGAGCCACUGCCAAUCUGCUUCGAUGGGAAACUUGAGCCACGCCUGGCAGGUACCGAACAUUGCAGCUUCCAUGGGGCCGCCUGCGCCGCUUGGGCCCUCUGCGCCGCUUGGGCCCUCUGCGCCGCUUGGGCCCUCUGCGCCGUUGACAAGAACCAGGAGAUGUGUGGUAGCAACCCGAGGAAACGGGCCGCAAAGCGUGACCUUCGCUUCCUGUCGCUCAUGGUCACCCGUUCGAGUGGAGCCAGACUUGGUUCCCGGCCGCGCGUGGCUGUCGCCAAAUUCCAAGCAGCAGGAUCCUGCAACCUUGGGAUGGCCUCCUCCCAAAGCUGACAGCUGCCAGAUGCUUCUGGAGCCAACCACAGGGCAGGCUUUGAAGGCACGACAGCCAUAUCCCAAAGCUGACGUUGCCGUCGCUGAAGGUGAAGGACUUCAGACUUUGAGGGCAGAGAGAUCUCGUUGCUUUUGUGAGGAUUAUUGCGGCCCAGUUUGCUCUUAGACCCAAAAUUGUCUGAGAAAGGAAGAUAGACCACAAUUUAUUGGAGCAAAGAUGACUCCAAGGUGGCACCAGAUGUCAAUGAGAUACAAUGAGGUCCAUGAUGGUCCAUGAUGGUCCAUGUAAACGCGAUUGCGGUGUUUCAUUUCUUCCUGAUGGGCUUGGACGCCAAAGUGUGUCAUGCCCGAUCAUCCUAGCCCCGCAGGACAGAAUGAUGCGAUAGGAAAGGACUGUGAAGUGUGC